CUUCCUUCUUCCACCCUCUUGUAACGACCCUUCCGCUCCUUACUCCUGUUCUGAAAAUCCCCUCAAGCCCUCAUCUGUCAUUACCAUCGUCUUCCGUCAGACAAUGGAGUUUGGACUGUCUGGCUGUCCCUAUCCAGUCUGAGUGUGUCUGGUCUCUCGUCCCCCCGCUCAGUAACCAAUGCACGAGGACAUCCUUCGCGAUGGGCAAUCUCGGUGACCUGUCGCCUCAGGGGAGCGUCGCGGUUGGAGUCAUUGUCGGGUUGAUCUCGACCAGUCUCCAGGCUAUCGGACUGACCCUCCAACGCAAAUCGCAUAUCCUCGAGGACGAGAAACACCCGUACGAUCUACGUCGACCGCCCUAUAAACGUCGGAGAUGGCAGCUGGGUAUGCUCAUGUUCGUGGUUGCGAACAUUGUUGGCAGUACUAUACAAAUCACAACCCUUCCGCUCCCCGUACUCUCGACACUCCAAGCAUCCGGUCUCGUCUUCAACACUAUCUUCGCCACUUUGAUCCUCGGUGAAGCGUUCACCAGAUACUCUUUAUUGGGCACACUGCUGGUCUGCAUUGGUGCAUUGCUCAUCGCGGUAUUUGGAGCCGUCGGAGAGCCGGCGCAUACGCUUGAUCAGCUUUUGGGGCUCUUACAGCGGCGGAAUUUUAUUCUCUGGAUGGCAGGUACGGCUGUGAUAGUGCUGGCUAUCUACGCAGGGUCCAAGUUGCUCGAAUUCCUGACGUCACCUUCCCGGUCCAAGCAUACAGGAUCGCGUGGUUCAUACCGGGCCCUGCAGAUGUCCCCCGGGCGUGUCCGUUUGAUACGCGGGCUUUCAUUUGGCAUGAUCAGCGGGAUUCUGUCCGCGCAUACUCUCUUGCUUGCAAAAUCGGCUGUCGAGCUGCUGGUUCGAACAGUCGUAGACCGCGUCAACCAGUUCAAUCGAUGGCAGUCCUGGGUCAUCUUGCUUGCCAUGAUAGCGCUUGCUCUGUCCCAGCUCUUCUACCUACAUCGGGGACUGAAGCUGUGCAGUACCAGCAUCCUGUAUCCGUUUGUCUUCUGCGUCUAUAACAUUAUUGCUAUCAUAGAUGGUCUGAUUUAUUUCCAACAAAUGUCCCAGCUGGCAGGCUUCCAUGCUGGACUAAUUGCGCUGGGAACUAUUGUUCUCUUGAGUGGAGUACUCUGCCUGUCAUGGCGGUUGGAGGAUAUCGACAGUCACGCCGCCGUGACCGUGGCCGGGCCAACGCAAACUGGCCUGGGUCCAGGGAUGGCCGUCGUUGAAGAGCACCCGACAUCACCGGUUGGCUUGGGACUGGACGGCGAAGGGGCGUCAGAGCGUGAGCCACUUUUACAGACAGCUCACCUCCCUCGCCGCACCCCACACCAACGGGCACCCAGCCUACCUCUGUUGCAUGCGCCAUUGACCCAUCGAGACUCGACAACGGAUGUGGACCCUGCUUCCAUCUGGGCCGAGCUCGACGAUUCGGACUACGAAUACGCCGCAUUUGCCUUACGGUCCGGUCAGCACAAGCGCGCCUCGGCCGGUUCCUUUCCCUCGCGACCUCGAAUUCGAAGCGGGGCCACUUCCCUACGUAACAGCGUACUCCGGGGGCCCCGCCGCUCCAGCACCAAUCCUGUGGGCCAGCCGCACACCUCGAACCAACGCAAGAACCUCUAUUCCAUUCACGACCGCCAAAAACAACGGCGAACAUCCGCACCCGCCUCCGAAAACCGCCAGCUCCAUCUCUCCCGGCCGGGAAUUUCCAGUGGCCUCGGUGCACGAAUGUCAGGAUACGGCGCGCAGGACGAACGAAGCGACAGCCUCGUCUCUCCUAGUCACCGUCGCCAUGGAUCCUUCUAUCAAUCAGCCGGCACACCCGGCAACGAUGGAGACGAGGGCGGAGCCCUCCUCGCUGGUCCGAGGAGAGCUCUCCGCCAGGCAUGGGGAAGCCUACAACGCCUUACGCGCUGGCGUCGCCUCCCGCCCGACCCUGAUCCCGAUCUGGAGGCUCACCCGGACGACCAUCUCGAACAAUAGCCAUUCUUCUUGUUUCUUGUUCUUACCUUCCUUUCAUAGACCUCUACAGGACAGGAGCAUCACCAUAUAUGCCUCGAACCGUAGACCCACAAAGCCUAUCACUUAAUGUACAACAAUCCAUACAUUUUAUACCUACUAUACUUGCAACCGCCACCAGAUUAAUACAC